UUGUCAAUUUUGUAAAGCCAUAAGAUUUGAAUAUGAACCGCCUGCAUUUUGUUGUAGCAAUGGUUCUGUUCAAUUAACUUCACAUGAGAUUCCAAUAGAAUUAAAAAACCUUUAUUUGGAAAAUACAGAGCUAUCAAAACAUUUUAGAACUUAUAUUAGAACGUACAAUAAUAUAUUUGCUUUCACAUCUCUUGGGGUAACUUAUGACAAAGAAUUAGCAAAAAAUAAUAAUGGUAUUUAUACUUUUCGGGUUCAAGGUCAGAUUUAUCAUUUCAUCAAUGACUUGAUUCCUACCGAUAAAAAAGGAAAAAAUCUUCAAUUAUAUUUCUUUGAUAGUGAAAAUGAAUUAAGAAAUCGAAUGGCAUGUUCAAAUAAAUUAAAUGAGUAUGUUGUGAGAACUCUGAUGGAAAUAUUAAAAAUUAAUCCAUACUCUAUGUUUUUAAAAUCUUUAGUAGAUGUUCCACAACUAUCUGAUUUUUAUAUUGCACUUAAGUGUGAUUCUGGCUUAGAUCAGCGUAUAUAUAACUUACCAACAGUAUCAGAAGUUGCAGGAAUAUGGGUAGAACAAGAUAUUACUAAUUCUAUUCCUACACCACAUAUUCGAAUAUAUACAAAAAGUGAUAAAAGUCAAUUGGUAAAUUAUUAUUACGGUUGUUAUGAUCCAUUGCAAUAUCCAUUGCUAUUUCCAUAUGGUCAAGGUGGAUGGCAUUGUGGUAUUAAGAAAAUUAAGUGUUCUUCAAGAACGUCAACACAAGUAUAUUGCGAACAAGAACAACUACCAAGUAUAAAAAAUAUGUGUUCAAUAGAUGGACUGCUUAACAUGGAAGCCGAAGUUAUGCUAAAAGAAAAGCACAAACGAGGCACUAUUUCUUGUCGUGAAUAUUAUUGUUACAAACUUCAAAUAAGAGAUGAUGAAAAUAUAGUCUUACAUGCUGGAAGAUUAUUCCAACAAUAUGUAGUAGAUGAAUGGAUAAAAAUUGAAAGCCAACGAUUAGACUUUGCUUCUUUUAAUCAAGAUUUAAUUAGAACUGAUGUAUUAGAUGGAAUUUUGGAUGUUUUACGUAAGGGGGAAAGAGAAGCUUCACAUAUAGGAAAACAACGCAUACUUCCACUUAGCUUUACUGGAGGUCCAAGAGAUAUGCGUAGACGAUAUAUGGAUGCUAUUGCAUUAGUGCAACGUUUUGGAAAACCUGAUAUAUUUUUGACUAUAACAUGUAAUCCUUCUUGGCCUGAAAUAGAAGAAAAACUUAUAUCAACUGAUGAGACAUUAGAUUUUGUUGGUAUAUAUUUACGAGAACCUGUCUUCUCUCAUGGACAAUUGUAUGUUGCUUUAUCAAGAGCAACAAGUUCUCACAAUGUUAAAGUAUUAAUUAGACCACCUAUAAUUGAUGAAAAUGAUGAUCAUUCAACAUAUAAUGUUGUCUAUAAUGAAAUUAUUGAGAAAGCCUUUUCUUGA